GGCGCCGCCGCCGCCCGCCAGCUGGGUCUGCUGGUUGAUCUCUCCCCGGAUGGCCUGAUGAUCCCUGAGGAUGGAGUUAACCAUGAGGAACUGGAGGCUGAGUUCUUGGCUUUGGUUGGGGGCCAGCCUCAAACCCUGGAGAAGCUCCGAGGCAAAGGUCCCUUGCCCAUGGAGGCCAUUGAGAAGAUGGCCAGCUUGUGCAUGAGAGACCCGGAUGAUGAUGAGGAGGAGGUGACAGACGAGGAGGAUGUGGAAGCUGAUGAUGACCUGCUGGCGGAACUUAAUGAGGUCCUUGGGGAGGAGCAGAAGACUUCGGAGUCCCACCCUCCUGUGGCCCAGCCAAAAGCCACAGCCCCCAGCCCAGGGUUGGAGGCCACCUUGCAGGAGAGGCUGGCCCUCUACCAGACAGCGAUUGAAAGUGCUAGGCAAGCCGGAGACAGUGCCAAGGUGCGGCGCUAUGAGCGGGGACUUAAGACACUGGAAAACCUGCUGGCCUCCGUCCGGAAGGGCAUUGCCAUUGACGAAGAGGACAUCCCACCACCCGUUGCUGUGGGGAAGGGCCCAGCAGCCACAUCGGGCCACACUCCUGCACCCACCCUGCCAGGCUCUAUGAACCUGCCGGCCCCAGAACCCAGGGUCCCAGUGGAGGGUCCUCCUUCCAUUGCCCCAGCCUCGUCACUGGGCUUGCCUAAGCCCCAGCUGCCCCCAGGUCCCGGCAGCACUGGCCCCCUGGCUCAGUUGCAGAGCCGCCAACGUGAGUACAAGCUGGCCGCCCUUCAUGCCAAGCAGCAGGGAGAUACCUCCGCUGCCACCAGAUACUUCCGUGUGGCCAAGAGCUUUGAUGCUGUCUUGGAGGCCCUGAGCCGCGGGGAGCCUGUGGAUUUGUCCCGCUUGCCCCCUCCACCUGACCAGCUGCCCCAAGACCCACCAUCACCGCCACUGCAGCCUCCGGCUCCCACCACGGUGCCGUCCACACCAGAGGUUCCCCCACCCCCAAGGACUCUCCUGGAAGCACUGGAACAGCGGAUGGAGCGAUACCACGUGGCCGCAGCCCAGGCUAAGACCAAAGGGGACCAGCGGAAGGCUCGCAUGCAUGAGCGCAUUGUCAAGCAAUACCAAGAUGCCAUUAGAGCCCACAAGGCUGGCCGAGCUGUGGAUGUUGCUGAGCUACCAGUGCCCCCAGGCUUUCUCCCUAUCCAGGGCCUAGAGGCCUCCGAGUCCACCCAGCCGAGCCUGGUGGGGGUCCUGGAGACGGCUAUGAAGCUGGCCAACCAGGACGAAGGCCCAGAAGACGAAGAGGAUGAGGAGCCUAAGAAGCCCAACAGCCCUGCGGCCCCCACAGCCCAGCCCAAAGCCCCACCCUCAAAGGCACCCCAACCAGGAUCCACCUCAGCAGCUAAAGCAGCCUCCAAAGGCACAUCCAACAGAGCUCAGCAGCAGUUGGCCUUCCUGGAGGGCCGAAAAAAGCAGCUUUUGCAGGCUGCAUUGCGAGCCAAGCAGAAGAACGACGUGGAGGGAGCCAAGAUGCACUUGCGCCAGGCCAAGGGGCUGGAGCCCAUGCUGGAGGCCUCACGCAACGGGCUGCCUGUGGAUAUCACCAAGGUGCCACCCGCCCCUGUCAACAAGGAUGACUUCACCCUGGUCCAGCGGCCUGGCCCUGGUCUGUCUCAGGAUUCUAUCCGGCGCUAUGGUGAACUCACCAAGCUCAUAAGGCAGCAGCAUGAGAUGUGUCUGAACCAUUCUAACCAGUUCACUCACCUGGGCAACAUUGCCGAAACCAGCAAAUUUGAGAAACUAGCAGAGGACUGUAAGCGGAGCAUGGAGACUCUGAAGCAGGCCUUCGCCCGGGGUCUCCCCACGCCCUCUGCCCGCUUUGAGCAGAGAACCUUCAGCGUCAUCAAGAUCUUCCCAGACCUCAGCAGCAAUGACAUGCUCCUGUUCAUCGUGAAGUGCAUCAACUUGCCCACACCUCCAGGGCUGUCCCCUGGUGAUCUGGAUGUCUUCGUUCGGUUCGAUUUCCCCUAUCCCAAUGUGGAAGAAGCUCAGAAAGACAAGACCAGCGUGAUCAAGAAUACAGACUCCCCUGAGUUCAAGGAGCAGUUCAAACUCUGCAUCAACCGCGGCCACCGAGGCUUCCGAAGGGCGAUCCAGACCAAAGGCAUCAAGUUCGAAGUGGUCCAUAAGGGGGGCCUGUUCAAGACCGACCGGGUCCUGGGCACAGCCCAGCUGAAGCUGGAUGCCUUGGAGACGGCAUGUGAGGUCCGGGAGAUCCUUGAGGUCCUGGAUGGUCGCCGGCCCACAGGGGGGCGGCUAGAAGUGAUGGUCCGGAUUCGAGAGCCACUGACGGCCCAGCAGUUAGAGACAGUGACUGAGAGAUGGCUGGUCAUUGACCCCGUGCCAGCAGCUGUGCCCACAGUUGCUGGGCCUAAAGGGAAGGCCCCUCUCAUGCCUGCCCCUGCAAGGGAGCCAGGAAACAGAUCUGCCCGGCCCCUGCAUAGCCUUAGCGUGCUGGCCUUCGACCAAGAGCGUCUGGAGCGGAAGAUCCUGGCCCUCAGGCAGGCACGGCGGCCAGUGCCCCCGGAGGUGGCCCAGCAGUACCAGGACAUCAUGCAUCGCAGCCAGUGGCAGAGGGCACAGCUGGAGCAGGGGGGCCCAGGCAUCCGGCGAGAAUACAUGGCCCAGCUGGAGCAUCAGCUGCAGUUCUACACAGAGGCUGCUCGGCGCCUAGGCAACGAGGGCAGCAGGGAAGCUGCAAAGGAGGCGCUCUACAGGCGGAACCUGGUUGAGAAUGAGCUGCAGCGGCUCCGCAGGUGAGGGGCCAACGGGGCUGGCCGCCCUGGAGAUCCGGGAGCAGGCUCAGGCCCUGGUGCUGGGAGGAGCUGACAUGGCCACGGCUUCCGACCAGACAAGCAGACAAUCAGCGGACAAUCGGUUCUGGAUGGACUCGUCCCCUGCUGGGCCCACCCAGCCUGGCCAGAGCCUCCCUGGCAGGGGGCAUCAGGGAUGGUGCCUACCAGCCAGCCUGUGCCCCUGGCCUGUUCCAGAGGUGGAAGAGUGGCUAGGACCAAGCCCUGAGAGCCCCUGUAAGCACUUUACUCCCUGUCCCUCCCCAGCCUUAAUCCUUAAGCCCUCCCACACCCAAAGAAGCCUCUGAGAGCAGCCAGAACCUGGCUGGCUCCCCACAGGGGUGCCCUGGCCCAGCUAGGCCCCAGGGUUGAUACACAGAAUAAACAGCCAGGGCCACACCCGGCUCUCCAUCUU